CACUGUCCUCAUUCCCAUUCACAUUUUAUAUAAAUCCCAUCACAUCUUCAACUCACUAUUCUCUCUUUCCUCCUCCCACAAUCUUCAUCUUCUUCUUCUUCCCCUGCAACAACAACAAUAACAACAACAACUCCUCAAACAAAAUCUGAAUCUAACAGCCAAAAAUCAAUAAAGAACAAGAUCCAAUCCAAACCAAUGGGUUGUGUUGUUCCUUCAGAACUGAGUUUAGAUUUAAGACCAGCUUUCGUCCCCAAAACCAUCGCUAAUUUCCUCUAUCACCUUUCCACCCUUCAAAAUACCUCCGAUAAACUCUCCAAACUCCACGAUUUCGUCUCCAGAUUCGAAGAAGAACUCAAUAAGAUCCAAGCUUUCAAACGAGAACUCCCUCUUUGCAUGCUUCUCUUAAUCGAUGCAAUUUCAGUUUUGAAAGAAGAAUUGGAAAAAUGUCGAACUCAGAAUUCUGUUCCUGUUUUGGAAGAGUUUAUUCCUUUGAAGAAAGAGAUUGAUCAAAGUCAAGAAAAUAACAAUAAUGAUGAUAGAGAAAACAACAAUAACAAUGAAUGCAGAGAUAAGAAGAAUUGGAUGAGUUCUGUUCAGCUAUGGAAUAACAACACAACUACUAUUAAUAAUAAUGUUGUUGAUCAUGAUAAACAUAACAAUAAUCAUAAUAAAUUAGAAACUAAGAAAAGGGAUGAGGAAGGACAAUCUAUGACUAUAGCUGAAGAAACUUUUCAAUCUUGUAGUAGUAAUAGGAAUGGAGGAAGUGCUUUUAUGCCUUUUUCGACAUAUUCUUCUGUUCCGGUGACAACGGUGAAACUAUCGGCACCUAAAGAAGAGAAGGAAGAAACUGUUAUGAAUGGAUUCUCUCUUCUUAGUUCUGGGGUGAAAAGUUUGAGGGAAGGAUUUGGUUCGAAGGGAUCGAGAAGCAGUUCUAAUAGGGCAGUUUCGUCUUCUCCUCCAACCGUGCAGCCGAGUUUGCGCACUCCGCCACUUCAGCCACAACAGACUUCUAGAAAACAGAGGAGAUGCUGGUCGCCUGAAUUGCACCGGCGAUUUGUCAAUGCAUUGCAGAAGCUUGGAGGUACUCAAGCAGCAACUCCAAAGCAAAUUCGAGAACUUAUGCAAGUUGAUGGCCUGACUAAUGAUGAAGUGAAGAGCCAUUUGCAAAAAUACCGGCUUCAUACGCGGAGAGUUCCAGCUACAAGUGGUAAUGAGUCUGUCGUAGUUCUUGGAGGCUUAUGGAUGUCUCAAGAACAAUACAACGACUCAUCCAAAGGUAGCAGUACAGCAUCUGGUUCUCCACAAAGUCCGCUUCAUUUAGCUACAGGAUCCCGAGGAGGGACAUCCCCAACUGAAGGUGAUAGCAUGGAAGAUGACGAAGAUGCAAAAUCCGAGAGUUAUAGCUGGAAAAGUCAUAUUCAUAGACAUGGAAAAGUUGGUGUAUAGGAUAUACUACUCUCCACCAUGAAUUUUGCAGAUAAAAAGUAUACAUGGGAGGAGUUUUACAACUACAUUGAGAAUAAUAAUACAUGAAUACAUAGAAGAAGAGGCCAUUGGAAUUUUUUGAAGGUUUAUCUUGUCUUUGUCUUUUAUACUAGAGUUUUUAUUUGAGACUAUGAUCAAUUACUAAUUUUAUUAAUCCUCUAUUCCACGAUAAGAAUCAGCUUAUUUUUAUCUAUAAUAAUUAUUUCAUUUGUUUUUGCCUCAGAAGAAAUAUUAUUAGUCCAAUGUUAUGUUUUGGUGGA